AUGGUAUACCAGGGUUUGUCUUUCCUGGACCUUCGGUAUCACCUGCUGCUCUUCUACCUUCAGGACCUCACUCACCUGAUCAGCGUCAAAACAGAAGGAGGCAAAAUAAAAGACAGUGAAGCCUUGAACAGAGUGGUCACCAUAAGAACGGUCAUGGAGAAGAUGCGACCGCUAGACCACAAACUGAAGUACCAGAUCGAUAAAUUGGUGCGCACAGCCGUCACUGGCAGUUUAGCUGAAAACGACCCACUGCAGCUGCGUCCGAAUCCUGAGAAUCUUAUCAGCAAAUUGAGUGAAUCAGAGGAGUCUGAAGGUGAAGCUGAGAAUAAGGCCGAGAAGAAAGCAGCCCACUCUAGUGGCAGGAAAUAUGUACCGCCAAAGAUUGCCGCAGUGCAUUAUGACGGUGACAUGACAGAAGCAGACAGGAAGAAGGCCCAGGCAGAGCGCCAGCGGCGGGCUGCCCUCAGAAGCUCUGUGAUCCAGGAGUUGAGACAGCAGUACAGCGACGCACCAGAGGAGAUCCGGGACAGAAGAGAUUUCCAGAGUGAGAAGGACAGCCGCGAGGAACUCCACAGGAAACAUUAUGAGGAGUCAAUGAUGGUGCGUCUCAACAUGCCCAAACGCCAGAACACCAAAAAGAGAGGCAUGAUGUCCAUGUCCGGCCAGCUGAACGGCAUCACACACUUCAGUGAUAUCUCAGCACUGACGGGCGGCGAGGGCGGGCAGGAUGGAGAUAACCCUCGCCCCAAGAAAAAGAAGAAAAUCAUGAAGAAGAAAACCAAAAGAAGAGCUUUUAAGAAGCACAGAUAGACCUGGAACAUGAUGUCCACUGAUGUCAGGAGACCAAAUGAUGACAUGAAGAGGAUUUCAGUCAGGCGAUGUUAUUACCAAUAAGCCAGCGAUAACUUCCCCACCCUCUCUGCAGAGUGUACAACCUUUUCAUUGUUUGUAGAAUAAACAUUUACUGUUGACUCUUGUA